AUGCGACACGCGCUGCGACUGUGGCAGUGGAAAGAUCUGCUGCUUCAGUGGAGGAUGUACCUUCACGGCACACAAGCGCUGACAAGAAGGGCGGCGCUGCAGCUGCUGCGGAAGACGGUGGAUGAGGCCCACGUUGCCGCGGCUGGCUCGGGAAGGUCGCCGUUGGCCAAGAAGAGUCAUUCGGUACUGAUUUGGAAAGCGUUGGCCCGUCAGGAGGCUCAAUGGGCCGACUGCUUGUCACUGAUGGACGCCCAGUGGGCCACGCUUUCACCGGAUCAAAGGCGGUUUCUCCAGAACAGUCUCACCUGCGCCGAGUCAUGGCGUCACCUGCCGUCCCUCAUGGCGGAGGCUUGGCAGCCUGCAACGGAGCUGGCGGCAGUUUACGCCCGCCUGCUGGUGGCCGACACCGUUGUCCAGUUCGCCACCCUCGUUCAUGCUGCGCUGCGGGAGAGGCCGCAGCUGGGCGGCGUGCUGCCGGUAACACCACAGGUGCUAAUGCGGUGCUACGUGCUCGGGAGAAACCAACCGGAGGUUGCGCUGCAGUGUUGUCGGGCUCUAGCGCUGUCGGACGCAAAAGCCGUUUCGAGGAGAGAAAAGGAGGCGCUGUCGUUUGCUUACGCCAUGCUGCACGCUAAAAAAGGUCAAUGGAGUGUUGCCCUGUCCUUGUUGGGGUCCGCGCGCGAGAUCCGUCCCUCUGCGAAGCGACUCUUUUGGACCUACACAUCGCAGGCAAGCCAGUGGCUUCGCGCCAUUGCAAGCCUGGAACCAGUGGGUCCGCGCAGUGUUGCCGAGGCGAUUGCGCACGCCCCACACUGGUCGUACGCGCUAAGGACGCUUGAAAAAUGGGAUUCCCCUGAGGCAAUUUCUGCCGUCCUUGCUCGCCCGGAUUGUGUUGAUGCGAUGGGGUGGGAGGCGUCACUGCGCCUUUGCGUCGCAGCCCGUGUUCACAGCUACAGUCUGAUUCGAUCUAUUCUCACGAGGGUCCCACCUGAGCAGCCUCGGUUGAUGCAGCUCCACGCAGAGGCUAUAAGUGCGGCCGGGGAGGCGAUGUACGCUGGUACCUUGACGCGUAGGGCGUACAAGUUUGCCCAAGCCGGGGGCUGGGCCGAGGCCAUCGGUUUGUUGUGUGGCUGUCGUUACUACGACGUCGCGCUGCCGCUUGCGCCGUAUGCCCCGCGCGGCUUCGCUCUGCCCCACAGCUUGUUGAAGUAUGAAGAGGCCGUGCACCGCAGCAAGAUUUCCACGACCGCGGCGGCGGCGGCGGCCUCCUUCGAGGAGCAACUGGCUGUGGCGCUACACGGAGAUUGGACGAAGCUGACGGAGCUGCACGAGAAUGCUCGACUGCGGGCGUUGAUGCUGGCAAGACGUCUGCCCUCCCGCGGUGCCGCUGCGGCACCACAGGAGGAAGCGGACGAAGCGGCGGAAAAACAUGCUGUGCAGUGUUUUACCUUUCAGAGUGCGGAGCUCUCCAGACUUGUUUGCUGUGCCGCCGAGGUGAAGGCGCAGCGCUACUUUAUGCAAGUCAUCCCCCGCGCGCUGCGUCAGCACCAUUUCGGGGCGGCGCAACCGCCUGCGUCGGAGCCGUGCCCCUCGCGGCGCUACGCGGCGUUUCGCUCCUCCGCUGAGGCGGUGGUGUCGCGGCGGGAGGCCUGCAACGCGUUGUGCGCGAUGGUGGUGGAACAUCUUCGAGCCGCCGGGACGUUGACGGGAGAGGCGUUUCUGCGGGAGGUGGCGCGGUGCCUGGCGAGUGGGAAGGUGCAGUUGGCGCCAGCCGACCGCCACGCGCUUCCGCUUGCGGUGCUGCGCGCGGCGAACUAUUUCCACCGCUUGGACGCCACCACGACGUCCCGCAUUACCCUUUCCACCCCCUCACAGCAUCUCAUGUCGCACCCCGAGGCCGUGGAGAGAGGCGUGAAUGCAUUGGUGUUGGCUGGACACUGGCGGCGUGCGAUUGCUUUGCUCGAGCGCACGAGCCGACCCUAUCCAGAGUCCUUUGCCGUUGUGGCAUACGGAGCUCCAAGUUCAGUGGCAAUGAAGGCGCUAAACGUGCUGCGGAAAGACCAUGCUCGUAGCCACUGGGUCUUGCUUCUACAGGACCUUCUUCAGGGAGACGUUAGGUCGGCCCAGGAUGAACUAAUACUCUCUUCUUUCAGGGCUCAAUCGCAUUUUGAUGAAAAACAACUGCUCUGGAGGCGGCGUGUUCUGGGAGCAUGUAGUGCUUUGCUUCACUCCGCAGACUCCAUGCAGCAUCUUGUGAGGGCCGCCAACAUCUCUGCGUUUUGUGCCUUGGACGUGGAUGAGCAUGGCCUGCAGCGGCUCCUUCCACUUUUGUCUUGGAACCAGGCGUUGACGGCACUGACGGAUCUUAUGGAGAGGGGAGAGGUGGUGGAGGAGCACUGGUCUCUCCUCGUUUGCACAAAGCCCUUUAUUCCGUUAGAGGCUGUGCGGAAGAUAGCGUCCUGGUUUCCCUACUCUGUUCUGCUGCACAGUGUGCUUGUGCAGCAGCAUGCGAUUGUGCGUGGGGACCUCGUCACGGCCGUCAAGGCCCUUGCGCGCUACCACGCACUUGUGGUUGCCGAGUACAAGCGGAGCCCAACCUAUCUUCGUCCCUUUGUGGCCUUUCUCAAGAGUGUGCUGCAGCACUUUGAUGAUGAAGCGUGGAGGAAGGCCCGUGUCUGGCCGGUCGUCCGCCGCGUCUUUAACCAGAUGGUGGAGGACGCCAAGUUUGUGCACUUGGGGAGGCAGGGGAGGAAGAGUAUUCCCUUCUCCCUCCGCGAGGACGCCCCCCUCGCCGCGCUGCUCGUCGUCGGCUUCCUCUACAGCCAACUGAGCCGCGCCCUGCAGGUGCCGGUGCCGGCCGCCAUCGUCUCACGGUUGCUGCGGAGCGCCGCGCUCCACACGCGAGACGCGUGGGGUGCACUCUACUUCUUUAAGAGCCUAAACAAACCCAACGAUGACGAGCGAGCUCUGCUCGUUUUUGCGCUGCGCGACUGCGAGGACGCGAUGACGCUGCUCCUAAACACCGGGCGAUUUAUACGGCCCAGGCCGGAGCAGGUGCUCGUGUGGAGUGACCCGGGACUUGGUGGUGGGAGGUGGCUGGAGGCCAUGGCGUUGCUGUCGCAGACCCCGGUCCCACAAGAGCGGCUGGCGAGGCUGUGCGCCACCUGGACCUGGGAGGAGUCCCUUCGCGCGCUGAAGUUGCUGCAGCGGACACACGGCGACUCUGCCGCGGUGAAGCCUUAUGUGGCGCUGCUGACGGCGGCAAAAAAACAAAACUUGAAGUCCGGAUGA